UUCUCACUUAUAGCUCUUCUCCACAAGGUUUUCUGAGUGAUGGAAAUGAUGUCCCAAAGGGUGGUGAUGUCCCAAAGGGUGGGACCAAUGGGUGGUAACAUGGGAGUAGCAUUCGACGAUGGUGUUUUUGACGGUGUGAAGAAAAUAGUCGUCGGAAGAGACCAGGGAUGUGUAUCAUAUAUCAAGAUCGAAUACGAAAAGGACGCGAAAUUUGAAACCCGUGAACACGGGACGAUUCGGGGGCCACUACAAGAGUUUGCUGUAGAAUAUCCCAAUGAAUAUAUAACAUCCGUUGGUGGAAGCUUCGAUCUUGUUCCAUUCUAUAACGCAGUUCUGAUCAAAUCACUAGUCUUCUAUACCUCAUAUAGAAGAACCUCUCCGACCCUCGGUGUGGCUGGAGGAAGAGCUUUCUGGCUCGAGGGUAGAACUGGAGGAAGGCUUCUUGGUUUCCAUGGACGCUCUGGUCAGGCUCUUGAUUCCAUUGGACCUUACUUCUUCGCUCCAAAUCCUCCUCUUAGGCAUUUCGAACGCCAAGGUGGUAAUGGAGGGACUCCAUGGGACGAUGGUGCUUACGAUGGUGUUAGAAAAAUAUUAGUGGGCCGAGGUGGUAGGUUUGUGAGUUAUUUUAGGUUUGAGUAUGCGAGAGGCGAAAGAAUGGUACCACAUGCUCAUGGGAAGAGACAAGAGGUUCCACAAGAGUUUGUGGUUGAUUAUCCUCAUGAACAUAUUAUAUUGGUGGAGGGAACAGUCGAUGUCUGCCUUACAUCGGUUAUGUUUAAGACAUCAAAAGGAAGAACCUCCCGUGUUUUUGGGAAUGUGGUUGGUAGGAAAUUUGUGUUUGAGGAGAAAGAUUUCAAGAUUGUCGGAUUUUGUGGUCGAUCUGCUGAUGCUAUUGAUGCUCUUGGUGCACAUUUUGGCCCUCUUCGCACUCCAGCUCCAGCUCCAUCUCCUGCCCCCGGUCCUGCUCCCGCUCCCGCUCCAGGUUCUCGGCCAGCUCCCGCUCCUGGUCCAGGUCCCCAUCCAGCUCCCGCUCCUGGUCCAGGUCCCCGUCCAUCUCCUGCUCCUGGUCCAGGUCCCCGUCCAGCUCCAGCUCCCGCUCCUGCUCCUGCUCCCGCUCCCGGUCAAGGUCCCCGUCCAGCUCCCGGUCCUGCUCCCGGCCAAGGUCCCCAUCCAGCUCCCGCUGCUGCUCCCGGUACCAGUGCCACUCCAGCUCCAGCUCCCACUACCACAAAGAUAGGACCGGUCGGUGGUGAGAAGGGAAACACAUUUGAUGAUGGUAUUUUCGAUGGUGUGCAGAAAAUAACUGUGGGGAAAGACAUAUACAGCGUAACUUAUAUCAAGACCGAAUACACAAAGGAAGGAAAAGUCGAAAUCAGUGAACACGGGACAAAUCGGGGGGAGCUAAAAGAGUUUUCGGUGAAUAAUCCGAAUGAUUAUAUCACAGCCGUUGGUGGAAGCUACAAUCAUAUAUUCAACUACGAUACAACGCUUAUCACAUCGCUAUACUUCACAACCUCGAAAGGAUUUACCUCUGCAUUAUUCGGUAAGAUGAGUGGAGAAGAAUUCAAUCUAAAAGGUGAAAAUGGAGGAAAGCUUCUUGGAUUCCAUGGACAAGCUGGUCAUGCUAUAGAUGCCAUUGGGGCUCAUUUCGAAAGAGGUUCUGGCAUUUGAAGGAAGUUAAGGAGAAAAGUUACUAGAUCAUUCGGUUCAAUGAAAAGGCUGGUUAUUUGGUUCAUCAGAUGGGAAUCUAUGUCGUUCUCAUUAUAACCAAUUAGAGACUUACUCUUUAAUUUCCUCUUUCUCUUUGUUUCUAGAAAAUAAGGUCACUCAGACGUCUUGUUAAGCUUUUCAGCUUUUAACUAUGUUUAUGUGUGUAUUAGCAUUACUGUAUUAGUCGCUUAAAGUGAUCAUGUGAUGUGAGUGGUGUCGU